AUGGCUACCUUGCCCGCGGAGCCGAGCGCGGGGCCGGCGGCCGGGGGGGAGGCGGCGGCGGCGGCGGCGGCCGCCGAAGAGGAGGAGGAGGAGGCGCGCCAGCUCCUGCAGACUUUGCAGGCGGCCGAGGGUGAGGCGGCGGCGGCGGCCGGGGCCGGGGCGGGCGACGCGGCGGCGGGAGCGGAGGGCCCGGGAUCCCCGGGCGUCCUCGGGUCGCCCCCCGAGGCCGCCGCCGAGCCGCCCGCGGGCCUCCGCUUCUCGCCCGAGCAGGUGGCGUGCGUGUGUGAGGCGCUGCUCCAGGCGGGCCACGCCGGCCGCUUGAGCCGCUUCCUGGGCGCGCUGCCCCCGGCCGAGCGCCUACGUGGCAGCGACCCGGUGCUGCGCGCGCGGGCCCUGGUGGCCUUCCAGCGGGGCGAGUACGCCGAGCUCUACCGGCUGCUCGAGAGCCGCCCCUUCCCCGCCGUCCACCACGCCUUCCUGCAGGACCUCUACCUGCGCGCGCGCUACCACGAGGCCGAGCGGGCCCGCGGCCGCGCGCUGGGCGCAGUGGACAAGUACCGGCUGCGCAAGAAGUUCCCGCUGCCCAAGACCAUCUGGGACGGCGAGGAGACCGUGUACUGCUUCAAGGAGCGCUCCCGCGCCGCGCUCAAGGCCUGCUACCGCGGCAACCGCUACCCCACGCCGGACGAGAAGCGCCGCCUGGCCACGCUCACCGGCCUCUCGCUCACGCAGGUCAGCAACUGGUUCAAGAACCGGCGGCAGCGCGACCGGACUGGGGGCGGCGGCGGCGCGCCCUGCAAGAGCGAGUCCGACGGGAACCCCACUACUGAGGACGAGUCCAGCCGGAGUCCCGAGGUCCUGGAGAGGGGCGUGGCUUCUGCACCCGCGGAGGCCCCCGCCCAGGGCUCCAUCUUCCUGGCCGGGGCCGCCCCUCCCGCCCCGUGCCCCGCCGCCUCCUCCAUCCUGGUGAACGGGAGCCUUCUGGCCGCCGGCAGCUCCCCGGCCGUGCUGCUGAAUGGCAGCCCCGUCAUCAUCAACAGCCUGGCCCUGGGUGAGGCCUCCAGCCUGGGCCCCCUGCUGCUCACCGGGGGCAGCACCGCCGCGGCCCCUCCGCCUCCACCACCGCCACCCCAGCCCAGCCCCCAGGGGGCCAGCGAGGCCAAGACGGCUCUGAUCUUGGACCCACAGACCGGGGAGGUCCGGCUGGAGGAGGCUCAGCCCGAGGCCUCAGAGACCAAGGGGGCCCAAGUGGCUGCUUCAGGGCCGGCGGGAGAGGACAUCGUGGGGCCCCUGCCCCAAGUGGUGCCAGGACCCCAGGCUGCGGCUGCUUUCCCCCUGCCCCCGGGGCCAGUGCCCGCUGUGGCCGCCCCGCAGGUGGUGCCACUGUCCCCGCCCCCGGGGUACCCGACCUCCCCGCUUCUGAACCUGCCCCAAGUGGUGCCCACCUCCCAGGUGGUGACCCUGCCCCAGGCCGUGGGGCCCCUGCAGCUGCUGGCCGCCGGGCCAGGCAGCCCCGUGAAGGUGGCAGCCACAGCGGGCCCUGGCAGCGUGCACCUGCUCAACUCGGGGGUGGGCGUCACUGCCCUACAGCUGCCUUCGGCCACUGCCCCAGGAAACUUCCUCCUGGCCAACCCCGUGUCCGGCAGCCCCAUCGUGACGGGCGUGGCCGUGCAGCAGGGCAAGAUCAUCCUCACAGCCACCUUCCCCACCAGCAUGCUGGUCUCCCAGGUGCUGCCGCCCGCCCCGGGCCUGGCCCUGCCCGUGAAGCCCGAGGCCGCCAUCCCCGUGCCCGAAGGCACCCUCCCGGAGGCCCAUGCCCUCGGCGCCCUCCCAGCCCAGCCGCCGCCCCCCGCCACCGCCGCCCCGCCCUUCGCCCCGGACUCCUCCAGCCUGGCGCCCAGCUUCCCAGCGCCCCCGCCCGAGGGGCUGCUGCUGUCGCCGGCGGCCGUGCCCGUCUGGCCCACGGGACUGGAACUGAGCACCGGCGCCGAGGGGCUGCUGGAUGCGGAAAAGGGGCUGGGGGCGCAGGCCCCCCAGACCGUGCUGCGGCUGCCGGACCCCGACCCCGACGGCCUGCUCCUGGGGACCCCGGCGGGGAGCGAGGUGGACGAGGGACUGGAGGCCGAGGCCAAGGUCCUGACCCAGCUGCAGUCGGUGCCCGUGGAGGAGCCCUUGGAACUGUGACCCACACGGGCCCUGGCCACUCCUGACCGGUGCCCCGGGCACAGGGCCUCAGGAACACAGCUGCCCCCCCAGCCCAGCUGACCUCCGCCAGCCCUGGAGGUGCCUGGGGACCUGUCCCCUGCUCUGCCCCGCACGGCUGGGGGCCUCGGGGUGCCGCCCCUCCACGUGGUACUAGCUGCGCGCUGGACUUCAAGCCCGCCAGCCUCCCCUACCCCCGACACUAUCAAUAGUCCCCUGACACCCAGCGCCCUCAGAGCGCCUGGAACCCCAGGGUGGCCCCGAGACGGACAGACCCGGCCCUUCCUGCAGGGGGGGUACGCCCUCCAGGGCCCUCUCCAUCACCUGCAGCCCCAGACCAAAGAUCCCCUCGUCCUGGCCCUGGCCCCCGUCUAGUUUGUAUCGUAUCCUAAAUCUUUUAUUUUUCUAGGACGUGUUAUGCUUGCCUUUCAGUUAAAAUAAAGUUAACAGCAGAAGCCGCUGGUGUGGC